AACAUCAUGAAAGCAAAAGUCCUGCUCAUCCUUGCCAACCUUAUUACCUCUUCCUUUUUGACGACUAUGGGUGUAAAAAUUUCCAUCGGGCAGCGGAUGCAAAGCAACAAUCACAGCAAUAUUAGCGAUCUAUUGGAUAAUUUACUUCGUGGUUACGACAAUAGUAUCAGACCAGACUUCGGCGGGCCUCCGGCCACCGUCGAAGUCGAUAUCAUGGUACGCAGCAUGGGUCCUAUUUCCGAAGUGGAUAUGACAUACUCAAUGGAUUGUUACUUUCGCCAGUCGUGGGUCGACAGACGUUUAGCAUUUCAGGGUGGCAAGGAAACACUUGCACUGAGUAUUUCUAUGUUGGCGAAAAUCUGGAAGCCCGACACGUACUUCUACAAUGGCAAGCAUAGUUACUUACAUACCAUCACCAGUCCGAAUAAGUUUGUCAGGCUUUAUCAGAAUGGCAGAGUACUUUAUAGUUCCAGGCUUACAAUCAAGGCGGGAUGUCCAAUGAAUCUCGAGGAUUUUCCAAUGGAUACGCAAAGGUGUCCGUUGCGAUUCGGUAGCUUUGGCUACACGACACGCGACGUAAUUUACAAGUGGAACAGCGCGAGGCAGGUCGCUAUAGCGGAGGACAUGAAACUGUCGCAAUUUGAUCUGGUCGCCAAUCCCACCGCAAAUCAUUCGACUGCAUUGGGAUUCUCGCAUGCGAAUUAUUCGAUGCUUUUAGUAUACUUCCAUUUGCAAAGGCAUAUGGGUAAUUUCUUAAUACAAGUAUACGGUCCAUGCAUCCUAUUAGUCGUCCUAUCUUGGGUUUCAUUUUGGUUAAACAGAGAAGCUACUGCCGAUAGAGUGUCAUUGGGCAUAACUACCGUAUUAACGAUGACAUUCUUAGGACUCGAAGCGAGAACCGAUCUACCCAAAGUUCCUUAUCCCACUGCCCUGGACUUUUUCGUUUUUCUCUCGUUCGCAUUCAUCUUUGCCACCAUAAUACAAUUCGCAGUGGUACAUUAUUUCACUAAGUAUGGAUCGGGCGAGUGUUAUUUCAUCUCUGAUCUCAGCGAUACUGAAAGUUCGAGCGAAGAGGAAGAUGGAACUAGAAAGCUAAUGAAAAAUCAACCGAGCUAUCGGAAGAGUUUCGCGAGUUCUGGCGCACGAGGACGUACUAACCGCAACUUUGCGAUAAACGGUGAUAGUAUGAUCGAAGUGAUACCGUUAUCGGCAAUCUCGAUACCCGACAGAGAUCCAGCAGUGACUAGUCAGUGGCAAAUAUCAUGUGUGACCUGCAGUCCACCAUCUCGACGAAGACCAAAUCCAACCAUCGUGCCGCCGCCACCCUCCGGACGAACAACAUCGUCCGCAUCCGGAAAACGACAUCGGCGAACACCCAGAUACAACUCGGUGUCGAAAAUUGACCGUGUCAGUCGCGUAGUGUUUCCCCUCUUUUUCCUUACUUUCAAUCUUUUUUAUUGGUACGCGUAUCUUUCGCGCAGCGAACGAAUCCACUAUUACAAUUCCAACACCGCAUGAUAGAAUCCUUCUUCUCAAAUGGAAUUGUAAAAAUUGCAAAAUUGUAAUUGUGUUGAAACAAUUACAAAAAAUC